AGCCCUACUACCUCUCUCGCCUGGCAUUCUCCUCCUUCCCUCUGGCCUGCAAACGGCCGUCUACCGCCGAUUUCCGACCGAUUGAACCGGCCUGUGCGAAUAUUCCACACAGCAGUCGCGAUCAUUGCCGGAGCCAUCAUCAUCCGUCAUCCGCCUCGGGUCUCCUCCUCGACGUCAAUCGCAAGGCCUCCAACUACACCCUUCCUCCUCCUCCUCCCACCUCACUGGCGAAAAGGAUCAUUUCUUCUCCCUCCCGUCCGAAAAUGCACACAUGGCCACCACAGAUUCGCCGAGCUAUGUCCGGCCCGACCAUGCACCGCCGCCUAUGACCCCCGACGAGGUCAUCGCCUACGUGAAGAAAGAGUUGGAAGCCGACGAUGAACGCCAGGCGCAGAUCUCCGCGACGGAGCUGCCGCAUGAGUCGCAGACGGGUUCCACUUUGGAUCUGAGUUUCAAGGGGAUCCAUUCGUUGCCCGUCGAGGUCGUCCUGUUGAUCAAGGAUCGGGUGGAGAGGCUGGCCCUCUCACACAACCCGAGCUGCAUCCUCCCGUCAGAGGUGGUCCGUUGCGAUCGCUUGCGGUACCUCAAUCUCAGAUGGAACAAAUUGGAUCGCUUUCCGACAGUGGUGCUCGGACUCCCGAAACUCGAAAUCUUGGACAUCAGCAAGAACGAUGUCGUCAGCAUUCCCGAGGAUAUCAACCGCAUGACCAGUCUCAAAUUCCUGGCCCUCGAACGGAACCAGAUCAAAAGACUCCCUGUGGCUCUGGGUGAAAUGACCAAUCUCGCCAAGCUUAAAUUCGAUGACAAUCCCUUGGAAUUCCCCCCCGAGGAUGUUUUGCAACUGCCGGCAGAUACCAAAGCGACCUUGGGGACGGAGAAGGAAAAGGAGCUUUGCUUGCAGGUGAAGAAGUACUUGCGCCUGACGUCAAUACGAGAAAAGAUGCGGGUCGUUUCGGAAGACGAGUCAAGUACACACAGCGAGAGCAAUGUCGAAACCCCUAAACCUUCUCGACGAGGCACCACUCAUGGCCGGUUCCCCGUCCGGCCCAGCAUGAGUGGCAUCGACCUUCCACCCGAGAUCGUCAGCCAUUUGGAUGACUCUCCACCCUUCGCCGACAUCCUACCGAUCAAACACUAUCCGACGCACUCCCGAAAACCUUCGUCCAAUACCCUUCCCCCACAGCGUUCGGUCUCUGCUGGCAUACGAUCGGAUCCCACGGAACACGGUCACAUCUCGAACCGGAGUGAAAGCGCCGUCGGAUUUCCGACUUUGCGGAAACGUCAGGGAUGGAUGCCCCCCCGAAGCGCUCAGCUCGGCUCCGUUCACGAACUGCCCAUUCCGGAUUCGACCCGUCCGCGACAAGCCACGAGCCGUCAAGGCAAUCAUUCCCGCUAUCCCAGUACGGCAUCGACGGCGAACAGUCUGUCCUCGGUCGGUCUGGGCAUGUCCUCGAGUACGACAAGCCUGACCAGCUCUUUUGGCAGCCAGCAUGGUCACGAUGCAACCAAUCAAGGCCAGAUGCGCUUUCACGACAAAUCUCAACAGAUUCCACAUGUCAUCAAAGCCAUCAGACGGGCUUUGUACAUGCUCAAUUACCUCCAUCAGCCCAUCGAUGAUAUCGCACGACAGCUUCGUGGUCAAACCCCGAAACGAUCUCCUCUUCAGCGGUCGCUCGCGGAUGCCCAUGCGAUUCUGGCCAAGCUGGGAAAGCUCAUGGUCGGAGCUGAUCGAGGGAUGGAUGACGAUCCCAAGGCGAACGCCGCGCUCUUGCAGACCCUACUCCACAAUUGCAUCUCCGCCCUGAAACUGUACGCUUCGGUGGUGAAAGAGGUGAAGAAAUCUCGUCGGUUGACGACUCUGACGGUGGACCACUUUCACGUGCGCUGGAUCCUGACGGUUGCACAUACCACGACCCUCGAGAUUCUGAAUGCCUGCAAAAUGCUGGGCUAUCCAGCCGCCACCUCUCAAUCGCGACAGGACGCCACGCCGAGGGUGUCCCAGGUCUGGCGCAAACGUGCCGACACGCCCACUUCGCAGAAGUCGACCAUCACCCGUAGGACGACGACUGUCAGUCCGAUUGCGAAUCGAAGCGUGCGGUCUACACGGAAUGCGCCCCUUCGAGCAUUGCCUCCGAAUAACGACGAGAACGUGCCUAUGCCGCCGCUACAUCCUCCCCAUUUCGCGCCGCGUUACGAACCUCCGGAGAUCAGCGACCAAACCCGAACGCAUCGGAGCAACACCAUGCGGAGUCUGGUGAGCGAGGGCAAUGGCGAGGACGAUGUUGAAAAGGUCUUUGCGCAAUUGCAAAGUUGUUGUCAAUUGGCUCACAGGACCCUGCCUCGUGUCCGCACGGAUCUGCUCGUCAAGAAACGCGAUGCCGAGAGUAUGGAGCAGACGGUCAAAGUCGAUAUUUACACCACGGCCGUCGCCAUGUGCAGCAACGCCAUCAUGCGGACCGAGAAGAUCCUCGCACGUCUUCCUCAAUUACGAAGUCAGACGGAGGCUGUACAGAUGAGGCCGGAGCUGUGGCAGAUGUGUGAUCAAUUCACAGCGGUACGUCGUCCGUUCUUCUUCCCUUUUCUGAUGAUCAUCAUCGGGUGGUUUUCCCUUUAGCCGGGUUGUUAUUGACAUUGUCUCGACAGGACUGGGCCUCUUUUGCAGGACAAGUCAUGCGCCUAGCUGACA